CUCCUUCAUCGCCGCAACCGUAGACGCGAUUGCAGAGAGAGGAAAAGAAAAAAAAAGAGAACGAAGAAAACAAAGGGAGGACACGACGGACGGACGGAGAAGAAAUGGAGAGAGAGAAAGAAAGAAGCAUCCAUCUCCUGUUCUCGAACGAAGGAGCCGAGGAGGAGAAGUUAGAUAGAACGGAGAGAAAGAGAGUAUCGAUAUCGAUGCCGAAAUCAGGAGGAGGAGAAGUGUUUAAUUCUGCGAGACAGCCCCUGCUUCGGGCGUCGUACACGCGGUGCCUCUCGCACGCCGGCGACGAGCUCAAGAGCUUCCGCUCCUGCCUCCGCUGGCUCUGCGUCGACCAGUCCGACACUCCCCGCGCCGUGGUCUCCUGGUUCCUCUUCCUCUUCCUUGGCCUCUUCGUCCCCGCCGCUUCCCACUUGCUCUUGAUCUACUCCCCCGCCCGCCGCCCCUACAAUCUCGCCGUGCAGCUCUCGCUGACGGCGGUCUCCUCCCUCUCCUACCUCUGCCUCUCGGCCUUCCACCGCCGCUACGGCCUCCGCCGCUUCCUUUUCCUCGACAAGCUGGUCGGCGAGAGCGAGCGCGUCCGCCUCGGCUACACCAUCCAGCUCAGCCGAUCCUUCCGCCUCCUAGCCUUCUUCGUCAUGCCCUGCUUCGGCGGCGACGCGGCCUACAAGAUCUGGUGGUACGCGACCGGCGCCGGCAGAGUCCCGGACUAUCUGAUCCUCUUCGGCGGGCGGGGGAUCUCGUGGGCGAGCGACGCGGCGGCCUGCGGGCUGGAACUGGCGUCGUGGAUGUACCGGAUGGCGAUAUUCUUCUUGGUGUGCGUGCUGUUCCGCCUGAUUUGUUAUCUGCAAAUACUGCGGCUGCAGGACUUCGCGGCGGUUUUCCGAGAGGAGUCGGACGUCGCGACGGUGUUGAGGGAGCAUUUGAGGAUAAGGAGGCAGCUCAGGAUUAUUAGUCACCGGUACCGGGCGUUCAUUGUGUCGUGCCUCCUUCUCGUCACGGCCAGCAAUUUCGCCUCGCUGCUGCUCACCACCGGCCGCCACCAUGCCGAGGUCAACAUCGUCAACGCCGGAGAGCUCGCCCUUUGCUCGGUUGGGCUUAUGACUGGGCUGCUCAUUUGCCUACGAAGUGCUGCGAAGAUAACUCAUAAGGCCCAAGCAAUUACAAGUCACGCUGCAACAUGGCACGUUUUUGCUACCAUAGAAUCCUCCAGUGCAGACACUGAGGAUCCCCUGUCACACACAUCUGCAGCCGUCCACCCAUCGAGCAAUUCCGGGGGUGACUCCGAUGAUGAAGAGGCUAGGGAUGAGCUUGAGUUGGAUGACACAAAGCUCAUGCCAUCUCAUGUCAACACCAUUUCCUUUCAGAAGAGGCAAGCACUAGUGACAUAUUUAGAGAACAACAGAGCAGGGAUCACCGUGUUCGGGUUCGUCGUGGAUAGAUCUUCGCUGCAGGGCUUAUUUAUGAUUGAAUUUUCUCUUGUUCUGUGGCUGCUGGGCAAGACAAUUGGGAUCUCUUAGGGCCACGAUGCUUUCCUAUAUCUCCUUUGAUUUAUUCUUUUAGAUACAGAUUCUCACCCUUCUUAAUUGCCUAAAGGAAAGAGUAGAGACGUGUGUGAAUAUGAAAGCAAUGGUGGAGGUGUUCAGGUACAAUUAAUGAGUUUAUGUGAGAAUAUGAAGUAUCAUGUACUUUUUGCUCGACUAUUUCUCAAGGAGUAACAUUUGCUCCUAAUA